UCUCCAUUUUGUGAAAUUUCAUCCUUUUUGUGAUAGAAGAGACACGUAAAAACAUUAAGAAGUGGCGUGGGAUGUGGUUUUUCGUUGACUAUUUGUCGUGCUGUCAAACCCUUCGAGUGACAGGAAACUGGCUGAUUUUCUCGCGGAGUGGCUUCCGUCAAGAUAACGAAAAUUCCACCUCCACCGGGGCUCGGGCUUCUGAUAAUGGAUGCCGAUUCCAAUGAUGGAACAGCGUCUGAAGUUCUUAACGGAGACACGAAGCCCGACCCAGCCAAACUGGCCCAGUCUGCCAUCAUCAAACAGGAUGUCAUGCUGUCAGCGACAAGCACCCAGUCCCCACUGGCCACUGUUUCUUCCGUCUUCUCGAUGCCGCCGGUGUCAAUGUCAAACAGCACAAGCAUGGGCGGUCUCCAUGACAACCUGUUUAUGUCUGUGUCGGCAGUGGCUGACCACAGCUCUGGACAUUCGCUGAGUGACCACAAAUCUGAGCCCACCACCAAUGGUUCCAUAUCAAGCUCGCUCACAGGGCAGCCUCAGCAGCUGUUUGGUCAGCCUCAGGUGGCAACCCCCCAGUUCUUCAUCGCCAGCCCACCCUCCCUUGGGGCAACAACGGGAGCUGCCAAUUUACCUGUUCAGCAGCUCUUGAUUCCUGUUUCCACAGGAAAUGGCACCCAGCAGUUCAUCAGCAUCCCAGUUUCCUUGGCAACAGGAGGUAAUCAGCAGAUCCAGCUGUUGACAACAUCAAAUGGUCAGUUACUAGCCACCAAUCUCUCCAGUAUACAAGGUCUAGCUACUCCUAUCAACAUGUCCAUUCCAAACACAGGAAGUAGCACGACACCCAAUCAGACCAGCUCAACAGCUCACAACUCCACAAGCUCAGCACAUCACUCCAUAGCAACAGGGGUAACAGCCAAUCAAAUUGCUGCUCUCCCUCAGCUGUUGACGGGGGCCACUCAGAACCAGAUCCUUGCUGCCGUCGGCCAACAGGUGUUGGCCCCGGUGACUGUGGCUUCAGUGGCGGGUUCGGCAGGGGCGGCGUCAGUAGGCCAGGCCCACUCUUCCUCCGUUCAAUCAAGCCACGCCUCCUCCCAGUCGCCCUCUGUCAAUCACUCAAACAGCACCUCUCCCUCUCUUCACCAACAGCUUGCCCAGGCCGUGCACUCGACUGUGUCCAACGCCGCCACAACCCUGGUGAGCCCGGCGUCUCUGACGGCUACGGUGCGCCCUGCCAAUUCGCACCCGGUCACUGUGGUGUCCACGGCGGAGGGUCUGUCUGGUGGCGUGGGUCAGCUGCUGCCCAAUACGGUCAGCAACUCCACGGAAAGCACUACGGUGGACGGGAUCAACUUGGAUGAGAUCAAGGAGUUUGCCAAGCAGUUCAAGAUACGUCGUCUGUCCCUGGGCUUAACCCAGACCCAGGUGGGGCAGGCUCUUAGUGCUACAGAGGGACCAGCGUACAGCCAGUCUGCUAUCUGCAGGUUUGAGAAACUGGAUAUAACGCCAAAAAGUGCUCAGAAAAUCAAGCCCGUGCUUGAGCGGUGGAUGAGGGAGGCAGAGGAGAGAUACAAAAAUGGCGUCCAGAAUCUGACGGAGUUCAUCGGGAGCGAGCCGUCCAAGAAAAGGAAGAGACGGACAUCAUUUACACCGCAGGCGCUGGAACAUCUCAACCAGCACUUUGAGAGAAACACUCAUCCUUCAGGAGCAGAGAUGACGGAGUUGGCAGAUAAGCUGAACUAUGACAGAGAAGUUAUCCGGGUGUGGUUCUGUAACAAAAGGCAGGCGCUCAAGAAUACCAUCAAAAAGUUGAAACAGCCUGACCAGCCAUGACGGUUUCAGUCUGCGUACUCACCAUGGCCCAAACUGGCCCCUCCCACUGCUGCCCCUAACAACGCGCCCCUCGUCAUGCCAGGCGAGGUCAGCGGGGAUUUCUGAUGCUAAAAUACGGGUUGGCAGAGAAGAGCUGCUACAGUGUUCUCUAUGUCCUCCAUGAACUGGUUUUGUGAUUUUUUUUUGCUAGACAGGGUGUUACAAAGGAAAGCGGGCCAGCGAUUGGUCAGUGUUGUGAGAGUUGUUAGAGUAUCAGAACGGAGGCAGUCAGAAGGUCUUGUCAAUGAUUGGCUGUUCUUAUUUACAACUCCUCUUCUGAAUAUAUUCUGAAUAUGAUUGGUCCGUUUUGGAAUGCCUCACACUUGAUGGCUUAUAUUCUCAGCUUCAUGGUACAGAGCAGCUGUUGUGAUUGGUCAGUAUCUAGUGGAGAUAAAAGGCUGUACAUACAGUGGCUACUUAUGUGUACCUUGUUUCACCUUGUGUUCGCUCUCUGGCCGAGAAAUUACGGAAGAUUGUUACCCCAUAUUCACAGGAAAUUACCUUGGACUAGGAAAUCUUUCAGGAUGGCAACAAAGCAUAGAUAUUUAAAAAAAAAAACCAAAAAAAAAAAAAAAACCCCACAAAAAUGCUCAUCAUUUUGCCAGAGUGAAGUAAUUUGUCUUUUGAAGCAUGUCUCUGAUUCUUUAUACCUCUGAUAGACCUGGCUGGCAGCAAGACCUGUAUUUAUAAUUUAUUGUUUUUGCUACAUGUAGCAG